AUGCUGCACGUCGACGUUGCUCGCCACCACGUAUCACGCCUCAGCACGACUUUCUACGAGACCGAAACGGUCACUAUCGCAGUCACCCAGCAUGACGUUUCCACCAAACUUGAGUAUGAGCCAGACCUUGUCACGGGAACCACCGCUUCAACUUUUGAGACGCCGUAUCCAGUGACUGUUACCACCACCAAGAAUUGUGUGCCGAAACCUGUCGACGGUGCUCGCCCGACGCCAGUAGAAAGUGCAGGCUACGGCUACGGGCCUCCGGACGUCGGCGACGACCAGUAUUGUGACACGAUAACAGCCACGGAGUGGAAGACAGUCACGGCUACUAACGCUGUUACGGUCGUGCAGCCAUCGGUCGUCACAGAGACGGUGCUCGUGCCAACUGUCUCGGUGGUGCCAACUACAAUCGAGGACACACGGACGGUCACCGUCACUGCGCCAGGGGAGGCGACGACCAUUACGCUCCCGGGAGAGAUAUAUACAUUGCCUGAGAAGACGGUAGUUCUCCCCGGGUCGAUAACGGUAUCGACUCUGACCAGAGAGAUUCCGGCUACCACAAUCACCGUGACCGAAGAUGGACAGACUUUUAUAACCACACUUCCAGGGAGCACGGUCACUCUGCCAGGAGAGACCAUCAACCUCCCGGGAGAGACGAGGACCCUCCCAGCGGAGACUGUGGUCCUGCCCGGCUCUACAAGCGUUUCGACUCUCACAAAAGAGCUCCCAGGCACUACGGUCACCGUGGUCGAGGGCGGCACAACUUUCACAGUCUCUCUUCCCACCCAAGUGCUCCCGGGCGAGACGAUUACAGUAACUCAGAACGGCAGGACCUUUACCACUUCGCUGCCUGGACAGACAGUGAUAAACACCGUUACCGACCAACUCCCAGGAGAAACAAUCACGGUGCUUCCGGGCCAGACCAUAACGGUGACUCAGGGCGGCAGCACGCUCGUGAGAACGCUCCCGGGAGAGACGGUUGUAUCAACCGUAACAGAGGAGCUUCCAGGCCAGACGGUCACGGUCACGCAAGGCGGAUCCACCUUCACCACCUCGCUCCCAGGUCGAACAGUCACGUUGACUGAGAGCGGCAAGACGUUGACGACGACGCUCCCGGGCAAGACGUUGACGUUGACCCAGGGCGGCACAACUAUCAGGACCACGCUUUCUGGCGCAACCGCCGUCAUCCCGACUACUGUUGUCUUGGCUCCUAGCAGCGUCCCCGCUCCAGCGGGAACCACAGUGACAAAGACGGUGCAAGACAUUUCAGUCUGCCCUUCGCCGACCGGCAGCUCGGCCCCGCUCUCGCCUGACUCGGACCUGACCUUCGGCUGCAAGCCGGGAUACGUCUGCAGCCCGCCCAAGCCGGACGGCUGCAAUGUCUGGCCGGGCCCACCAUCGGACGACUUUCUGUGCAGCCCCCAAGACUGCAUCUCUUCGCCACCUAUCCGGAACGUUACCUGGGAAGAUGGUGAAUCUAGCUACUUCCCUCUGUCAGAAGGCUACUUCAACCUAAAUCCAGAGGCCUUUGGCCUGUCCUAUGACAUUUUCACCUUCGAGGUUUAUGAAGAGGUCGAGUACGGCUACACCAGGACAAUCACGACUGGCAACUGGGGGUCUCAGACAAGCCUUUCGGACUGGCCUCGCACAACUGCAACAUCCACUCGGGCCAAGAACGUGUAUCCGCUGCCGCCCAGCUCCCGGCGCGGCCGUCGGGCCCUGCACAGGCUGGGCAAGCGAGCCACCACUCCCCAUGUGUGUUUUGACCAGUGCAACGAUGCCUGGCUGAUUGGCGGAUCUGUGGGAAAAAGUGACAAGCUCUGCAAGAAAGGAUCUUCGUUCCGAAGCGGGUAUGAUGCGUGCGCCGAGUGCGUCACGGCCAACAGCGACGCCAGCAAGAACACGAUCCGUGAGUACGUGGGGCCUGUCUUCAGUCAGUAUUUCAAAUAUUGCUCCGGCCAUGAGGCGACGCCUGUCCGGCUGGCGACGGCGCCGGUCGCGGAGAGCGUCGUCACUGCUCAGCCAUUGGUGAAGAUAAGCAGCCAGGCGGAGACGAGCCAGGCCAGCUUUGUCCCGAUGGAGUCGUUGGCGACCUCGAUAUCGGUUGGAACGAAAAUCCUCCUCGGACGAACGGCGGACCGGCUCGCCAAUGAGAUCCGGGCCCUCUGCAACCGGAACGACGUCCAGGCCGUCGUCGCUGACAAGCGCGAGUGGCAGAGGCGGGAGUGGCAGCGGAAGCGUCAGCAGCGACGGUGGCAGCGACGAAAGCGAUGCAACGGUCACCAGUGCUGA